AAUCGGACGAUGUUGAAGAAGGAAGUAUGCGUAGUGGGCGCCGGGCCAAGCGGCCUGGCAUGCGCCCGCCAGAUGCUCGACUACGGCUUCAACGUGGUGCUGUACGAGCGGUCCGCAGAUAUUGGAGGUCUCUGGUCGUACCACGACGAUGACGUCGAAGGACAGCCGUCGGUCAUGCGCACCACCGUCACUAACACCAGCAAGGAGAUGAGUGCAUUCAGUGACUAUCCACCGCCCAAAGACCUCCCCAACUACAUGCACCACACCAAAAUGCUGGGCUACUUCCGGAGCUACGCCGACCACUUUGGCGUGACCAAGCACGUUCGGACGAGACACGACAUAGUGCAGGUGACGCCAGCCACCGACUACGAGAACACGGGGCGCUGGGACGUGCUCGUCAGAGACCUGAAAGCGAACACCGAACGCAUGGAGACUUACGACGCCGUGGCCGUGUGCGCGGGCCACCACGUGCACCCGAACGUGCCACACUUCAAGGGGCAGGAGAAGUUCCGCGGCCGGAUCGUGCACACGCACAGCCUCAAGAACGCCGACAAGUUUCGGGACCGCCGGGUAGCCGUGGUUGGCAUCGGAAACUCGGCGGUCGACGCCGUAGUGGACGCCAGUUACGUUGCCCUCGAGACGUAUCUGUCCACGAGGAGAGGAGCCUGGUUGUUGAAGCGCGUCGGCCCCAACGGCGUGCCCAUCGACAUCUUUCUUAAAACACGACUCAAGACCUACCUAAUGCGCGCCUUACCGAACUCAUUGGCCAACGACUACGCGGAGAACAUCUUGAACGGAUUCUUCAACCACGAGGCUUACGGGCUCAAGCCCAAGCACCGCUACAACGAGCAGCGUCCGACCAUCAACGAUGCGUUGCCGAACCUCAUCCUCAGCGGAAUGGUUCGCGUCAAGAAGGACAUCGUCGAGUUCACCGAAGACGGUGUGCUCUUCCAAGGUGACGACAAGCCGACCUUAUUGGAUGACGUCAUCCUGGCCACGGGAUACCAGAUCAAGCUUCCUUUUUUGCCAAAUGACGUGGUGUCCGUGGUGGACAACCAGGUGCAGUUGUACAAGUACGUCUUCCCGCCCCAGUUGAGGCAUCCGAGUCUGGCCAUCAUCGGGCUCGUCCAGCCGCUCGGCCCCAUGUUCCCCAUAUCUGAGUUGCAGAGCCGCUGGAUGGCCGAGCUGUUGUCAAAGAAACGUUCGCUCCCCUCGGAGGUUGACAUGUUCGAGGACAUCUGCAAGAAGCGGGACUCUAUGCGACGGCGCUACAUCGCAUCACCGCGCCACACCAUUCAGGUGAACUGGACCAACUACAUGGACGAACUGGCCAGCCUGAUCGGGGCCCGACCCAACAUCCUCAAGUACUUCUUCACAGACAACAAGCUCUUCCGCGCGCUGCUCGGACCCUGCGUUCCGUACCAGUUCCGGCUCGAAGGACCGCACCCGUGGUCCGGCGCGCGGCAGGCCAUCCUCGACUCGCACUACAGGGUGAUGUACCCGCUCAACGAUCGAUGCACCUCCUUCGAGAGGAAGAACAAGGGCCCGUUGGCAUUCCUCUACCUAUUCCUGUUCUUCUUCGUGCUGGCCAUUGCAUACGUACUUUCCGGACUACGGUAGCAUUCCUAGUGACUGCGCCCGUCCUUGUUCAUCUCCU